GUCAUAUUCCUACAAUGGAAUGAUGACAAUGUUUCAGUAGAUCUUAAUUUAUGGAUGUUUUCUUUUGGAACCUAACUUAGAAAUGUAUUACAGUAUUUUUCGUCUUGAGUUUGCUUUUCUUUUCUAUGGAUAUUGAAUAUCCUUUUCUAAACAUGUGAAUUCUAUUCAAAUAUUGGAAUUUAUUUCCUUCAUCAUGGUCAUUCACGGAAUAUUUUUUGAUAUAAGGGAAUAAUGCUAACUCCUGCACCAACUGGUAUGGCUGCCCACCACAGGCAACCUAGUAGUCAUGGAAUACGUAAGAAAGUUCAGGUAUCUUUUGUUAUUCGGGAUGAAAUUGAAAAAUAUCACAGAUCUGGUGUGAAUUCUCUUCAAUUUGAUGGGUAUCUAGGUCGCCUCUAUUCGGCUGGUCGAGAUUCCAUUAUUAGAAUAUGGAAUGUUCGAAAUUUGAAGGAACCUUUUAUUCAAUCCAUGGAGCAUCAUACAGAUUGGGUAAAUGAUAUAGUUUUGUGCUGUGGUGGGAAAAAUUUGAUCUCAGCCUCAAGUGAUACUACUGUGAAAGUUUGGAAUGCCCAUAAAGGCUUUUGUAUGUCUACUUUACGCACUCAUAAGGAUUAUGUUAAAGCAUUAGCAUAUGCCAAAGAUCGCGAACAAGUAGCUUCAGCUGGAUUGGAUAGAGCUAUUUUUUUAUGGGAUGUCAACACAUUGACAGCAUUAACUGCCUCAAAUAAUACAGUUACUACCUCUUCGCUAUCUGGUAAUAAAGAUAGUAUUUAUAGUUUGGCUAUGAAUCCAUCUGGUAAUGUUAUUGUUUCUGGAUCUACAGAAAAAGUUUUAAGAGUUUGGGAUCCAAGAUCAUGUCAGAAAAUGAUGAAACUGAAAGGUCAUUCAGAUAAUGUUAAAGCUUUAGCUAUCAACAGGGAUGGAACUCAGUGUUUAUCAGGAAGCUCUGAUGGAACUAUCCGUUUAUGGUCUUUGGGACAGCAAAGAUGUGUUGCAACUAUAAGAGUUCACGAUGUUGGUGUGUGGGCCUUACAAACAAAUGAGAACUUUACUGUUGCUUUUUCUGGUGGACGUGAUAGGAAAAUUUUUAAAAUUGAUCUACGAAAUACAGAAAUUAAAGCAUUAAUUGGAGAGGAGACAGCGCCUGUCUUAAAAAUGAUUUUGACUCCAGAUUCUUCUUCUUUAUGGGUUGCAACUACAGAUUCUAAUAUUAAAAACUGGCCGGUGAAUAAUAGAAACUCUAAAAUGGAAGAUUAUGAUGCAGACAUUUUAACUCCUCAGAACCAGCAAGCUGAUUAUGUAAUUAAAGGCAACCCAAGCAUUAGGCAUUAUGCUGUCUUAAAUGAUAAAAGGCACAUUUUGACUAAAGACACUGAUAAUCAUGUUCAGUUAUAUGAUAUUCUUAAGGCAAGAAAAGUUGAAGACAUGGGCGAAGUAGAUUUUGAAGCUGAAGUUAAAAAACAUUUUAAGUUGUUAUAUGUCCCAAAUUGGUUUAGUGUAGAUUUAAAAACAGGAUUACUCUGUAUUCACCUCGAUGAACAUGAUAGUUUUGCUGCUUGGGUAUCUUCCAAAGAAUUUGGAUUGAAUUUAAAUGAUAACAAUGAUCCUAAAGUGAAUUUAGGUGGUUUGCUGCUUCAAGCCCUGUUAGAACACUGGCCUGCUACAUAUGGUGCAGAUGAAGAAAUUGACAAUGGAGUCAACGGGGGCAGUACGAGUCCUCAUGCAGAACGAGGCAGACCUGGAAAUCCAUAUUUCAGCAUUCCUGAACACACACCUGUUAUAUUUAGUGAAGUUGGUGGACGGACUUUAUUACGACUUCUUGUUGGUGAUGCUGGGCGAGAAACUGAAGAAUUAUUAUUACAUGAAACCAUUCCCUCAUGGGUUACAGAUGUAGUAGUAUCUAAAAAUAUGCCUAGGUUCAAUAAAAUACCUUUCUGUCUUCUUCCUGUGCAAUCAUCUGGUGCAAAACCUCUUCGAAAAGAGCGGUUAUCUGCUAGUGAUAUGCUUCAAGUUCGUAAAGUUGUUGAACAUGUGUAUGAAAAGGUCAUGGGAGCUGGUUCAGAUGCUGGUUCUCAAACAGCUAGCCAGUCUGGUGGUUCUGGAGGCCAAGAUAAAUGUGAGUCAGAAAAAGAUGAUGAGCGAACUUCUAUUGCUGAGGAAAAAGUGGAAUUAUUGUGCCAAGAUCAGAUGAUUAUUUCAGUGGAUUCAACGAUGAAAUCAAAUACUGAUUGUGAAAUAUGCUCUUUACGUUUUGCUAAGCGUAAAUUACAGCAUAAAGUAAAAAAGCUUACUAAAAAGAAACAUUUAUUAUUAAAAAAGAGAAGAGCUUUAUUUAAAAGCGUUCAUAAUUUUGGAAGACAGCACUUUUGAUUUCUCCUGUGAACAUUUAUGAAUUUUUUUCCUUUUGUUAUGAAUUUUGUAAAAAAAAAAAAAAAAAAGCAUUUAGUUACUUUUGUGAUAUUAUUUUUGAGUUUUAAUUUCUUUGUAUGUUAUUUUAUUGUUUUAAAGUUUAACUUCCAAUUGCAAAAGAACUGUUUUGUUUGAAAAAAAUUUAUAUUCUUUCAAUCAUUAAAUAAGAAAUUUGUGAAACUGAUGACACAUUGUGAUAUUUUUGUUCUUUUUAUUGUAUUAUAAAAUUAAGAAACAAUAAAUGAAUUGGCUGAAAA